AUGAGACUGGCUGGUAUGUCCCCGAGCUUCGCCAAGAGGCAGGUGAGCUUCCUAGAGGGCACGGGGCCGCAGAGGGACUGCUGGCUGAUCGACGGAGAUAGGCUUCGCAGAGUUCACGUCCACCCUCGCAGAACAUAUUUUACGCCGAGCGAUGCCGAGGACAUCCCCGUUCCGAUCGAGAGCCUUUCCAGCGUGGCCGUGAUCGCCUGUCAGGAGAUCGACUUCGGGGACGGAGUUGACCGGAUUGAGAGCUUGCAGUGCGACUGGAGGCUCGGCGCGGAGAUCAGCCAGGAGGCGCGCUGGAUCGGCUACACCGACUUCGCGAUCGAGGUAGGACAGGGCUCUGAGGGGGCCCAAGUUUCAGUUUCACAGGCCAGUCUCUCCAAUUCCAGCCCUCUCUCAACGGACCUGUCGGUUUCAGAUUCUGUUGGGGAUCUCGGGGGGCCACGGCAGCCGGGAGAAACGACGGGCAGUGCAGGGCCCGACCCAACCACUGGAGCGACUCGGCUCAAGAGGGCUCGUCAGCUCGAUUUCCUCUCUCGCUCGCGGCAGCUUCGACGAUGUCACGCGCGUUGA